AUGUCGGAGCUUGGCGUCAGAAAUCGUGGUGUGAGUCGAUUUCAAGGAGGUCGAUGGCGUGAGGAGGUGAUCGGUGCCGGAGAUGGUCGGAGCCUCGAAGGUGGGAAGAGACGAAAGAGCGAUCUGAAGGGGGUGUGUGGUUUUGGAGGCGUGUAUCAGUCCCUUCGUCCCGCAUUCCCCUUUGUGUGUAAAUUAGAUUUCUAUUCCACUGAGGCUUUGAGCCCUAAAUCGCCAAAUCGGUCUCCUGUUCCAUCGAACGAAGAACACUCAGGUCGUGCUGCUUUGGCGUCGCCUACACUAUUGCGGCAGUGUUCUUCUCGAAUGAUGAAUAAACCCUGCCAUCUUCAUUCCCACCAUUGCAGUGGUGUGCUUCUCCAUCGCAACACGCUUGCGUUUAGCGAUGAAGUUGGAUCAAGGAGGCAGGAGCAUAACAAAUGUAAGGGAAUUCAAUAUCCAAACACAUGUGACUUAGAACUAAACUUGGAGCCCUUUAUGGUGGAUGAUCUGCAUAAAGACGAAAACUUUCAGCACAUUGAUGAUCAACAUCAAUCAUCGAGUUCUGCAGAUGUUCUAUUGGACAUGGAUGCAUCUCAUCAACCAGAACAGGUGGAAGUUUCCUCAUCAAAUUCUAAUGGAAGAUCCCAUGAAAACACUCAACAGGAAGAAGUUAUAUCUCAACCAGAAGAGGAGGAUACUGAAGAACUGCAGCGAAGUGGUUUUAGAAACGAAUAUUGUAUCUUUAUGUGA